CAUCCCCUUCUUUCCCUCUAUAAAUUUCUCUCCUCUUUCUUUCUUUCUCUGCCUUCCCCAACAUUUCCACCGCCGUUGCCGUUGCCGUUGCCGUCAUCGCCAUCGCCGCCGUCAACCAAAUAAAAUAUUCAAAAAAUUUCAUCCCCUUCUUGUGAGAAUUUUUGGUGAAAAGAGAUCAAUACAAUGUCCAUCAUUUCCCUAAUAACUGGAUGGCCGGGGCCCAGCGGCUUCGGCUCGGCCUCCACGGCAGAGGACGUCACCCAAGGGAUCGACGCCACCGGCCUUACCGCCAUUGUCACCGGAGGAGCGAGCGGAAUUGGAUUAGAAACGGUAAGAGUUUUGGCGAAGCGAAAGGUGCAUGUGAUUAUAGGUGCAAGAAAUUUAGAGGCAGCAAAUAAAGCAAAACUACAACUACUUGGAGAAAAUCCAUCAGCUAAAUUGGAUGUUCUUAAACUUGACCUUUCAUCCAUCAAGUCCACUAGAGAAUUUGCUGAAAAUUUCAUUGCUCUUAAUCUCCCUCUCAACAUUUUAAUAAAUAAUGCUGGUGUUAUGUUUUGCCCAUUUCAACUUUCUGAAGAUGGAAUAGAGAUGCAAUUUGCCACCAACCAUCUUGGGCAUUUUCUGUUGACAAAUCUUCUUCUUGAGAAAAUGAAGAACACUGCAAAAAGCACAGGAAUCGAGGGUAGAAUUGUCAAUUUGUCAUCUAUAGCCCAUGCCCAUACUUAUGGAGGUGGAAUUCGCUUCAAUAAAAUCAAUGAAAAGAAUGGGUAUUCUGAUAAAAGAGCAUAUGGGCAAUCAAAAUUAGCCAACAUUUUACAUAUCAAGGAGCUCACUCGUCAAUUUCAAGAAGAGGGUGUGAACAUAACGGCAAACGCGGUGCAUCCAGGAUUAAUAAUGACGCCUCUUAUGAGGCAUUCUAUGCUUCUAAUGCGGCUUUUGCAGGCUUUCACCUUCUUUAUCUGGAAGAAUGUCCCUCAGGGGGCAUCUACGACAUGCUACGUGGCGCUCCACCCGAAUUUGAAGGGAGUGAGCGGGAAAUAUUUUUUGGACAACAACGAGAAGCAACCGAGCUCCUAUGCUAGAGACAAAAAACUUGCAAAGAAACUUUGGGACUUCAGCAAGGACUUGAUAAGUUCAAUGUCUAAAGUAUGAAAGAGAAGUGGCAUUUAGAUCUACACUACUACUAAAGCCUCAAAUCAUAUGCUAGCUCAACUUUAUAAAGAAUUUAAGAGAGAUUCAAUAAUGUGGUUCUUAAGGGGGGAAAUAUUAUAAAUAGUUUUCUUAAAUUUUAAAAAAGAUAACCCCUAGGGUUUGUGUGAUUAUUCCAUUCAUAUUGUUUGAUAAUUAUGAUAUUCAAUCAAUUGCCUAAAAUUAAAGUGAUAGUUAUGAUUAUUCCAUUCA